AUGUGUCAUGGACAACAGUGUUGCUGUACCAUCCGUGUGCUCCUGUUUUGUCAGCGUGACCUGCUGUCUGUCCUGGGCCACCGCUGUCUGUCUGACUACAUCAUAACGCCACACCCUGACCUCAGCACACACCGGCCGUUAGCGCUGGUGUCCUGGGGUCGCACUCUGGAGCUGUCCCAGGUGACCACGCCGGAGGUCUGUGAUUGGCUGCAGUUGACAGCGGCACACGGUAACAGUGGCGAUGUGGGUCCAAACAGGAAGUAUAACUUGCUGUUGAGCCAUCCUGCGGAUCACAAACACGCAUACCCAAAGAAGUCUCUGAAGCAGUGCUGUGAGGAGACCCUCUCUCUGCUGCUGGAUGGACGGUUGGAGGUGACAGACUGGAGGAGAGGGAGGGUCCGCAAGAGCCGAGCUGCACUCGGGACCGAGGGGAGGGAGAAAGAGAGACAGACCACCGUGGUGCCGCCUCGAGCAGUCACCAAGACCAACAGGACUACCCUGGACCAAACCGAGCCGAACGGACCUGAAGCACAGGGCUCAGCCACAGUGAGGGUUACACAGAGAGAUACGGACCAAGGACUCAAAGUGAGAGAAACAGACUGGCUGAACCAGAACGAAGCAGAGGACAAGAGGCAGAGCGGGAAAACGCGAAACACCCAGGAGAGAGAGGUGAAGAGCAGCAGACACGAGGGAGAGACACAGCCCCGUAACUCUCCAACCAAGAGGAAAAAGGCUCUGUCUCAGAGUUGGCGCAAGCAGCUGGCUGUCACACAAACGAACAGCCAGGACAGGAGAGCAGACUGUGAUGGUAGGGUGGGCCACAGCGAGUGCACUGAGACCGUAGCUCCGCUAGGGGGCGCCACGGCUGGACCCGGUGACAGGAUGCUGCCCACUCCGCGGACAGACGAGGCGGUGUGGGCGGCAGCAGCGUUGGGCUUCCUCCUGGUGCUGCUGGCACUCUCUGUGCUGCACACCCGCCUUUACCGCCACUGUGGCACAACGCCCAGCAUGUACUGGCAUGACCCCAAGCAGGACUACGACAGGGUGGCAGAUGUGAUCCACAGGAGGCUGAAGAUGCCAGGGAGGAGGAAGAGGAGGGCGUCCAAGAGCCGAAGACAGGAAUGUGUCCUCCUACCACCCAGCUCCAGCACAGAGGACGACGAGUAGAAACAGACAUCUGUUUAUUAUACCCGUCUUGUCUUUAGCCCUGUGAGAAGAGGUAAGAGGAGAGGACACUGGGACCUAAAAGCAGAGUACUCCCAUCUGCCUAAUAACACUGCUCUGCUGAAGAAACUGAGCAUUUUAUGGAUUCUUUUGUAAGGAGACCUCAGAUUCAUCUUCUAUCGCCGGUAGUUAAGGAAUAUUUUGGUAUUUCAACUGUCAUAAAACACUCCAUAGUACAAAACCCCAUUCUAUCAGAUCUCAUUCACAAUCACCACCAAUGAUACCAUUCUACUACACAUUCAAAUGUUCUCGUAGGGGCCGAUUCAGACUUAGGAAAUGUACGCCUUUCCUACACACGCCAUUCCUACGCACUUCUAAGUAGUUMGUAUUCAGACUUGCCAUAUGAAGGUUUCAAGCAAGAUUUGCGGGUGUGGCUCCAACAAUAAAUGUAAUUCAACCCCAGAAAACACAUCCACUAGUUGGCCGACAGAAUUGACAACGGCGUUUUCGUUCAUUUAUCUAAGGUAAUCCCUUUAAAUAUGUAUUUGGACAGUGAAGCUAACAAUUUUUAUUUUAGAUUAAGUGUUUCAUAUGAGGCAACCUUUAAUUUGAGGGUAUUUUCAUAAAUAUCUGUUUUACCUUUUAAAAAUUACUUCUCCAUUUUUGAAGUAUUUGGACAAAUUCACUUAGUGUAUUAAAGUAGUCAAAAGUUUUGUAUUUGAUCCCAUAAUCCUUUGCAAUCAAUGACCACAUCAAGCUUGUGACCCUACAAGCUUUUAUUGUAGGAAGAGAAUACGUUUCUGAACACUUCUACAUUAAUGUGGCUGCUACCAUGAUUAUCGAUAAUCAUGAAUUGUGAAUAAUGAGUGAAUACUAACCUCUCCUGUUAUUGAAAAUGGUGAGAGGUUAGCAUGUUUUGUUGUAGCCUAUGUUACCUUCUCACUCAUCAUUAUUCAUUCACAAUUUGUCUUAAUCAUGGCAUUAUCAGGAUUCAUUUGGAAGUGUUCAGAAACAUCUGCUCACAGAAAGACAUUUACUCCAGUCACCAUURAUUUCCUACUGGGCAAAAUAUAAUCUGAAACACAACCAAAACAAACUGCAAAUGCAUCCAACAAAUUGUAGAGCCAGAAGCUUGAUGUAGUCACAGAGUUCAAGGAAUAUGUAGCCAAAUACUCAACUUUUGAUUAUUUUACACUAAGUGAAUUCUUCAAAAUGGGGGGGGGGGCUAGAUAAAGUGCUUUCCUUUCUAAAUGUUAAAACAUAUGUAUGAAAAUACCCUCAAGCUGACAUUCUGUGCUGUCACCUCAUGAAUCAUGUGAUCUAAAAUGCUGGAGUUUACAGCCAAAUGAAAACGUUUAGCCUCGCUGUCCAAAUAAAUCUGGAGGGGAGUGUAGUUGCUGUUGUAAGCAACAGGCUGUCGGUUGCACUGUGUUGCAGUAGUGGGUACGAGUCCAUCAAAUUCUGUUGUGUGAUUAGUAGCAAAUCGUUUUUAAAAUUUUUUUUUAUCAUGUUUUGUGAGUUAUUUAAUAUAUGAUGGCUGCAGUGAAUCAAGACAUGGACAAAGAGGUUUUGUAUGUUGAUUAUUGCUCGUCUCCUACUACACUACGGCCAGUGUACUCCUAUGAAGCUAUUGGUUGGAAGCUAACCGUUUCAACCACAGAACUAGAGAGGUUCUAUUUCUAUGCUUUGAAAAACCACAGGAUAUGAAUUCCCUUGUGCGAGAAAACGAUUGAACAUUAUGUUGCUCUGCAGGUAAUGAAAACACUUGGGAGCAGCAGUACCCUGUGAAGGCUUUUUAUUUGUUUUUAUCUACUGUGUGAUGUUUACUAGUAACCCUGUACCAGAUGUAGAUGUGUAUACUCUUAUUUACAAUACUAAUGUAUACAUAGUAGGA